UAACAACCGGAAGUCUGUGUGUAAAACGGGACUGCGCAGCCUGAGCUCACAUCCUGUCCGUUACAUACUCCUUCACCAUCAAAGCGACACCGGACUCUACCUUAUCGAAGAAGAAAUUAAAAACCAAGGAAAUUCUAUCGUCGGUGAACACACCGCGUGUUUUGGUGGCUUUAAACGACAUAGUUUGGUCUAACUGUAAGUCCGAAAAGUUUUUUGGAUACUGGUGGUGCUGAAAAUACUUUUGGAACCAGCCAUGGAUUUGCCCCACUAAGUUCUCCAUCUUUCAAAAUGGUCAUAAAAACCUUGACUCGUCCUAAAUCGUCCAGUUUUACCACCAUGGGAUGAUUUGUCGCUGACUAUUUUUGCUAAAAGUUACAUCAGAGAAGAAGAAUCUUAAACCUCAUAGACUGUACUUUUCCUGGCCAUCACUAUUUCUUUAGCAUAACCAGAUUGCCAUGGGCUGCUACGGGAUUGUCAGCAUGGUUUCACGCAGAGGGAAAUAUUUCGCACUGCUCAUUGUUUCGCUCAUGGUGCUGGCGUGGAUAGCAACCUAUUCUGGCGAGACUUCCAAACGCACUGUGGUUCCUCCAACCCUAUUAGAAUACGCUCUCAGGAAAUAUAAACUCAAAGAUGACGUUGACUUUCUGACUUUAUUACCCGACCUCUUAAAGCCUUCACAGAAAAUCCAAUGCCCAGAGACGUCUCCAUUACUCAAAGGUUCUGUGAACCUGACCUUCGACCCAGCUCUGAAACUAAAGGAUGUCGAGAUGGAAAACGCCGAUGUGAGCAGGGGAGAGUAUGAGCCCCCCAACUGCACAGCCAGACAGAGUGUGGCGAUCCUCAUUCCUCACCGCGACCGAGAGAAGCACCUCCUCUACCUUCUGCAUCACCUGCACUCCUUUCUUCAGCGGCAGCAACUGCACUAUGCCAUUUACAUUAUCCAGCAGACCGGUGAUGUGACCUUUAACCGAGCCAAGUUACUAAAUAUUGGGUACUUGGAGGCCUUAAAAGACUUCAACUGGGACUGCUUUGUCUUCCAUGAUGUGGAUUUGGUUCCUGAAAAUGACCACAACCUAUACAUGUGUGACAAACACCCCAAACACUUGGUGGUUGGCAGGAAUGCCACGGGUUACAAGUUGCGGUACAGCGGUUACUUUGGUGGGGUCACUGCUUUGUCCAGAGAGCAGUUCUUGAAGGUGAAUGGGUUCUCAAACACUUACUGGGGUUGGGGUGGAGAAGAUGAUGACCUUCGCAUCAGGGUCCAGCUGCAGAGAAUGGAAAUCUUAAGGCCUCCUGCUGAUGUCGGGCGGUACACCAUGGUGUUUCAUAAACGCGACAGCGGCAAUCAGAUAAAUAAAGACAGAAUGAAAUUGUUAGCACGAACACCUCAAGUGUGGAGAACAGAUGGACUCAACAGCUGCUCAUAUAAGACUUUAUCAAUUGAAAGGUUGCCUCUUUAUGUGAAUGUUACUGUGGACGUUGGUAAGCCUCAGAGGUGAAGUGGUCAAGCAGAAAAGCUCAGUGACCAAAAGGAUUUUUUAAUGUAUUUGCUGAAGUUAGCUGUGAAACAUUUUCAUAUCCUAAUGAAAGAAAGCUUUAAAGUUUUUUUUUUUUAAAUGAAUAGUUUUAUUCCUGCUCCUUUAGUCUAUCAGAAAUUUACUCAAAACAUAUUUCUCUUCAUUUGGCUCUGAAAUGUACACAAUAAUUAAAGGUUAAUAUCUAAUAAAGAAAUCUGAAGGCUGUCGUUUAGCGCAAAUGGAGUGGAGAUAAAGUCUAAGCCUUCUUUAUAAACCGUCAGAGUUUUCUGGGAUGUCAGUAGUGACAUCCAAUGUGGUUUUCUGUUCAUCUUACCAAUCUGUUUCCUUGUGUUCAGAUAAUCUUUUGCAUACAUAAGUCAUCACCUGUGGUCAUUUGAAUUUCUGUUUUUGAAACAUGGUUGUUUUUUUUGGCAGAUACUUCCUGUUAACAUUACCAGUAAACCUUAGAUGUGGCUGACAUACCUUAGGUCAUACCGAGUUCAUAGUUGCUUAAACUAUUUUUGAAAUGUUAAAAUGGUCAUUUAAAAAAUCCUGUUCUAUUUGUUCUUACAUGUAUAAAGCUGUUACUUAAGCGAUUGGUACCCCAUUCGAAAUAUGCAUCAGUUAACCUUAGGAAUUGAACCAGGAACUGCACAAACUAGAUGUUUUUGGUGCCAUUUUUUGGAAGUAUUAGUAAUCUGAAGAUUUUUCAUUAGAAAGGUACAUUUAUUUUCAAUUCAAAGCAGACUUUUUCACUCCAGUUUAGAAUUAAUACAAUAUGUGACUGAUCUGCUAUCAUUCUAGUCCUUAAGUCUCUGGUUGUGCACGAUCGUUUUUACCAUCGACCUGCGUACAGACUAAUAAAGUUAGGUGCCUUUGGUUGUUAAUUUGCCUUAUUUACCUGUAAUGUUUGAUCUCUCAUAAGUCUUUGCAAUUUAGUCAAAUCAACUGGUAUAUUUAGGUUUUGAAGCUGACAUGAGCUUUUUUAAAUAAGAAGAUUGUCGUGUCAGAUUAAGGGGUUCUUAACAUGAAACUUUUAAAUAACUUGAAAUUUUUUAGACUAAUGAGCUUUAAACUUAUUCAUUCCAGGUGUAAAUGAAUAAAUGACACAAAAUAGAUAUUUAAAAUAAAAUCUUUUAAUUAUGACAUUUUUUGUACAACAAAACCACUUUUUUUUUUACUUCGCAAUCUCAAAAUAAAACUGGUAAAUUGUUUUAACAUUUUCUGAAAAAAUAGAUAGCUCCUGACAAAUUGGUAAAGGAAAUUGGAUGUUUUUUAGAAUAAUAAUAUUUUCAUCAUUUCACGUAUAAAGAUGUGAGGAUGUUGUACAUUUGAAUGUUUUUGGGUUUAAUGUUGGUUUAAAACAACCUCCAACAGAAGUCCUGUACGUUUUACUACCACAUUGCUGAAAGUCUGUGUCAAGAAUAAACAAAAUUGUUUUCUUUUCUUCUUUUUCAUUUUUAACAAAUUUUAACCUAAGCUAGAGUCAAAUUGUACUGACUCAAUAUAUCUUCCUUUUUGGGGGAACUUACUUGGUGACUGGUUAUUUAUUUUUACCCUUUUUUUAAAAAAAAUUUUAUCAAGAAAAUCGUUUAUCCUAAAGUACAAAUAGCAGGUCAACAAUCAAACCCUCCAAAAAAAUUGGGGACGUUCUUUUUAGGAAUAUAGCAGUGAAGACUGUAAAACAGAGCAAGGAAUCCUAUGCACUAGAGACACUUCUGAAUGAGAAAUAAGAUUAACCUGGAGAGCAAACUGGUGCACAGACUACUUUGUCUAGCGUCUAGCAGAGUGCCUCGAGCUUUCAUAGGUCUCAUUCUCGUGGAUGGGUUACCUUGCUGGUGAUUUGAAGGAACAGCACAUAACUGCUGCAAAUCUCACUGAGUGCUGCUUAACAUCUGAUCUGGAGCUCUAUUCUUUUUGAAAUUCCAACAAGUGAAGGAGACUUUGGUGAAGCAGCCAAGCAGGAACACGCUCUCCGACACAUCUGUUGUGUCACCAAAAAUGCAUUCAGUCAGCAAGAAAUUGUUAAAAGACUUAGUCUGGAAAAUCUGACUUUUGAAAUAUUGUAACCUGCUUUUUGUACUCUUGGACUAAUAUUCACAAUUGUUUUUUUCUUUGCAUGAUACUUUGUAGAAGUUUAUAUUUUAUUAAAACAUACCCAAAUGAU